CUACAUUUCCCAUAAUUCCAAGCGGUCUAAUCCUGAAUCAGUUAACAUGAACGCAGUGGAGGCGACGUCGACUGAGAGGAGAACGAAGUGUUAUAAGAUUUAACGGUGAGGUGUUUUACCGAAGGAGAUGUCUCUCUCGGACACGAGCAGCCGGAGAAGAAGGCCGGCGGAACAGACGCAAGAUCUCCUGUGGGAACAUGACCCCCAGGUCGGUUACGAUCAUGAACAGAUUCAAGACCAACUGUGCGGGGAUCCACAACCUAGUUCGACAGACACUCUGUCUUCACAUCAGUCAAUAUGUCCUGCAUUGUGCACGACAAAAUGCAUGCCUGAACAUGCAUGUCCAAACCAUCAUGCUUGUGAUGACAGCUGGGAGCAGAUCCAAAGCAAGAGAACCAUUAGAGCGGAGAACGAAGUGGAAGCCAAUAAACUGGUCAACAACUACAGGUUUGGUUUCAGAAAAUGGAAGAGUCAUGUGACGGAGCGUCCAUUUGAAGUCAGGUCCGAGGUUGUGAAAGAGCUCUACUCUGAACUGAACGUCAUUAAACCACAUCCAGGUCGUCUCAUCACUUGUGGAAACGUAGCGUACGUGCUUCUCUUCGGUUGGUGGGUGUCUCUGGCAUAUAUCUUGAUCGGUCUACUUAUGUUCAUCACUAUCACUGGUGUACCAUAUGGCAAACUUUGCUGGAAGCUAUCCUGCUACUUCCUGUGGCCAUUUGGCAAGUCGAUCCAUGAGAUUGGAAAUACAUUGAGGAGAUGUUGUGAACAAGCACCGGACUGUGAAUGUAACGUAGACGGGACGGAAGAUAUUUCACCAGUUCUGUUGCCUUCACCCACAGAGGUGCCAAUCCCAGAGCUUCCAGGACGACCGCUGCGUAGUCCUUACUGGCAUCGUUUUUCGACUUACGUGUGGCUGCUGCUGGCAUAUCCUCUUCUCGUGGUCAUCCAUUCCCUGGCCUGCUUCCUCUCCUGGAUCCUGGUCUUCACUAUCCCUGUUUUUAAGAUGAACGCACGGACAUUCUGCGUCAUCCUUCUCUUGGCUCCUGAGGAUGUCUCUGUCUCCACCUGCUCACAGAGCAAGCCUCAAGUGGAUGAAAGCAGAGCGCUGCUGUGCUGCUACCACGCUGCAAACUGGUACUACUACAAGUACACUGUUGAUGGCAUCAAUGUGUUCGCUGUCAACCUCCUCCCUCUCGUAAUAGUUGCCAUAGUAAUUGGAUAUAUUGACCGAGAAAACCAGUACGCCAGCUCUAAUGUCAAGUUCGCCAUGGCAGUCUGCUCUAUCAUACCUCUGUCUUAUUAUAUUGGUAUGGGCAUUGCCAGUAUCUCCGCCCAGAGUAACUUUGCAGUGGGUGCAGUGGUGAAUGCCACCUUUGGCUCUAUCACAGAGUUGACCUUUUACAUCACAGCCCUACUCAGAGGCCACCAGGCCGGCAACCCGUGUCUGCAGGAGGUUGUAAAAGCAGCACUGACCGGCACGCUGCUCGGAUGCAUCCUCUUCAUCCCUGGAAUCUGCAUGAUAAUCGGGGGGUUGAAGCACAGUGAGCAAAGAUUCAACAGUCGCUCUGCAGGAGUGAGCGCCGCAUUGCUUUUCAUCUCUGUAGGAGGUGUGUUCGCCCCCACGUUGUUCUCCAAAGCUUAUGGAAAUCUGGUGUGCGACGCCUGCACCAGCUCCACUGGAGUAAAUGGCACAAACAGCAGUCAGUUUGUCUGCCACCACUGCCACUACGACCUGAACAACGGGACAUUGUUCCACGACCAUGUUGAGCCACUGGUGUACACAGUGUGUACCCUCCUGCCAGCUGCCUACAUCAUUGGACUGAUAUUUACGCUGAAGACGCACUCCCACAUUUAUGACAUCCACGUUGGAGAUGGACAGGUGACGGGCCAACACGGUGCAGUAGUCCACUGGUCACGGUGGAGGUCUCUGGUCAUCCUCAUCUUGGCCACUGUGCUCACGUCUGCUUGUGCUGAGCUGGUCACCGAGCACAUCCAGCCAAUACUGAACCAGCCCAACAUCUCUCAGUAUUUCAUUGGGGUGACAGUUCUCGCAAUGGUUCCUGAGAUCCCAGAGAUUGUUAAUGGGAUUCAGUUUGCUCUCCAAAACAAUAUCAGUCUGAGCUUGGAGGUGGGAAGCUCUAUUGCGGUUCAGGUCUGCAUGCUGCAGAUUCCAAUUCUCGUCUUUUUUAAUGCCUUCUAUGAUGUGGGAUUUGUGCUGUUAUUCAGUGACAUCCACCUGUGGGCCAGCAUCUUCAGUGUGAUUCUGGUCAACUACAUCUUCAUGGACGGCAAGUCUGAUUACUUUCAGGGUACAACUCUGGUGGUCGUCUACCUUAUCCUGCUGGCUCUGUAUUUCUUUGCUCCAUCUCCACCAGGCUGCUGACUGGGCGGCUUGAACAUUUCAGCCCAAUGUACUUUUUUUUCAAGCCUGGACUCUGAACAUCCAGAUUCAACAACACUCCGUUGAUAAAACUUUUUCCUGACAGGAUUAUGACUAAAUAAUCACGUGCAAUCCUGACAUGAGCUUUGUAUGAAGUAUUUUAUUUCUCAUGCCGUUUCCUAAAUUAUCGGGUGGAUACUUGUUGCAUGACUAUAUUACUGUAAAAUGUAGUAAACUAACACAUUUAACUUUUUCCUCAGAUUCAUAACUUCUUUGUAAACUGGUGAAAGAAGGAAAAGUAUUUUUACAAUGCAAAUAUAACAAAGUAUCUGCAUUGAUAAUAUUCUGUUUAGGGUACUGUUGUAAUAUAUUUGUAUAAUUUUUAACUAAAACAUGUUAAAUGUACAUGUCUGUUGCUGUAAUGAUGUGACAUUAUUUUAAAUUAAACCAUGUUUGUAAACAUGGCAUGGCUGGCUGUGCCAAGCGAGAACAAUAAUGAGAUCUGUCAAUACAACAGUUUGAAAAACUGA